CUCCCAUCCUCGUCGUCUCCACGCUACCGCCUCCUCCCCCCCAAACUCCCAACUACCCGCUCCGCUCCUGAGUUCCGAGCCCGCCCGAUCUCCCGCCGCAGCCAUCCCGCCGACGCCGCUCCGUCAGGUCGCACGGGGAACCUCGCCAUGGCCGCCGCGUCCUCCGCCACCUCCGUCCACGACUUCACCGUCAAGGAUUCAAGCGGCAAGGACGUCGACCUCAGCGUCUACAAGGGGAAGGUUCUUCUCAUUGUUAACGUCGCAUCCCAGUGUGGCCUAACUAACUCCAACUACACCGAGCUGAGCCAGCUGUACCCAAAGUACAAGGACCAAGGCUUUGAGAUCUUGGCUUUCCCAUGCAAUCAGUUUGGUGGGCAGGAGCCUGGCACCAAUGAUGAGAUAGUUCAGUUUGCCUGCACUCGCUUCAAGGCUGAGUACCCCAUUUUUGACAAGGUUGAUGUCAACGGCAACAAUGUUUCUCCCCUAUACAAGUUCCUGAAGUCUAGCAAAGGUGGCCUUUUCGGCGACAGCAUCAAGUGGAACUUCUCCAAGUUCUUGGUUGACAAGGAGGGUCACGUUGUGGACCGCUAUGCCCCGACCACUUCCCCCCUGAGCAUUGAGAAAGAUAUCAAGAAGCUGCUUGGGAGCUCUUAGACGCGCCGCUGGCCGGAGCGUCUCGAGAAAUUGGCACUCUGUAUUCUAGAAACAAUAAUAAUGUUGUGUUGAAAUAAAAUCUGUACCCAGCAUUUCAGAGGCUGCAUCUGCUAUGUUUUCAGCAUCCUACUCUGUAGUUGUUGUAUAUGUGGUGUUAAUGAAUGAAUUCAAAUAUUGUAGCUGUUCGGUAUGCCUUUCAUUGGAUCGUGUUGUUGUCUGGUCAA